AUGGAGAAGAUGAUUGGGAGGGGGGUGGAGAUGGGGACGGAGGUGGAGAUGUCGCCGGCUGCCAAGGAAGCGGCGGCCGCUGCCAUGUUUAGCCCCUACUCGAGCCCCAGCACGGCCUUCCUGCUGCAGAGGAGAGUUCUUUCCUGGGCGAAGGAGACCGGGUCGCCGGCGACGGUGCGCGUUCGCGUCGCCGACAGGAGCUUCAUUCUGCACAGGGAUCCUCUGGCGUCAAGAAGCAGGUACUUCAGCCAGGCGAUGGAGGAGGUGUCCGGAGACGUCGAGCUGCCGGACAGCUUCCCCGGCGGCUCUGACGCCUUCGAGGUGAUCGGGCUCUUCUGCUACGGCGACUCCGUGGCGCUCGACCCGUUCAACGUGGCGGCGGUGCGCUGCGCGGCCGAGUUCCUGGACGUGGGCGGCCUGGGCGCGCGCUGCGACCUCUACAUCAACCAGGUGGUGCUGCAGAGCUGGGACGACGCGCUCAUCGUCCUGCAGCGCUGCCAGCCCCUCCUCCCCGCCGCCGAGGAGCUCCUCAUCGUCAGCCGCUGCGUCGAGUCGCUGGCCUUCAUGGCGUGCAUGGAGAUCCUCGACCCGGAGCAGCGGCGGGACCAGCCCGGCGUCGACGACGCCGGCGCGCGCGGCCUGGUCGGCCGCCGCUGGGACGCCGAGGUCGUCAAGGAGCUCGCCGCGCGCGACCUCUGGAUCAAGGACCUCAUCGCCCUCCCCUUCGAGUUCUUCAAGCGGAUCGUGCAGGCGCUGCGGCGGCAAGGGAUGAAGGAGAAGUACGUGAGCCCCGUGGUGCUCUUCUACGCCAACAAGUGGGUGCUCUCCAAGAAGACCCACAAGUUCUGGGCGAGCACGGACGAGGCCGGCGACGGCGAGACCGACGCCAACAGGAGGGCCACGGAGAUACUGCAGGGCGUGGUCGACCUGCUCCCGGUGGAGGCGAGCGGCGCCGUCCCGGUGGCCUUCUACUUCGCGCUGCUGUCGCGGUCGCUCGCCCUCGAGCUGAAAGAGGAGAGCCGGACGAGGCUGCGGGACCAGGUAGCGUCCCAGCUGCAGUUCGCCAGCGCGGAUGACCUGCCGCUGCCGGAGCAAGACGCCGACCGGUCCGUCUCCGUCGCCGAUAGCCUGGAGGUGGUGACAAUGGAGAGCAUCGUCUCAAACCACGUCGCCAUGCAAAGACAAGGGGCCGAGGCCGUGGCGGAGUUGUGGGAUCGGUACCUCGUGCAGAUCGUCGCUGAUCCGAAGCUCCGGCCGGAGAGGCUGGCUGAACUGAUCGGCGUCGUUCCGGCCGGCGACCGGAAGACCCACGACCAUCUAUACGAGGCAAUCAACACUUACUUACUGGAGCAUCCCGGGCUGUCCGGCGAGGAGAAGGCGGCGCUGUGCGGGCACCUCGAGUGCCGGAAGCUGUCGCACGAGGCGUGCAUCCAGGCGGUGCAGAACGAGCGGAUGCCGCUCCGGUUCAUCGUGCAGGCGCUGUUCGUGCAGCAGAUGCACACGCACCGCGCCUUCGCGGAGCGCUCCGACUCGUUCCGGUACAUGCUCUCCGGCGAGCUGAUCCCGGGCGUCGCCGGCGCGUACACGCCGAGCCCGGGGUGCCCCGUCCCCACGAGCCAGCCGCUGAGCACCACGAGCCCGUACACGGACGCCCACACCAACGCCGCGCUCGACGGGAAGCUGCGCGCCCGCGGCGACGACGACGCGGCGUCGGACUACGAGACGGCGAGCUUCAGGAUCCAGGCGCUGGAGCAGGAGAUCGUCUCGCUGAAGAAGACCCUGCAGCGGCACAACACCCUGAAAGGAGGCUCGGUUCGCAAGGACAGCAAGGAGCCGAGCUUCAGGGCGGACGCGGCGGCGCCGGUGGCGAUCAGGCGGCGAGCGCCCGCGUCCGGCAGCUGCAUCGGGUCCAUGCGCUGGGGCUCGCAGCGGCGGUGCGCCAGCAGGAUCCUGCGCGUGUUUACGAGACUGGCCGUGUUCGGGCGGAGCAGGUCCCGAGGGAAGCAGAGCAAGUGCAGGGCUGCAGCAGAGCAGCUCAGCUGCUUGUAG